AAACCUAGCUAAUUGGAAUGGCAAAUACUACCAUAAACUGAAUGAAAAUUGCCACCGAAUUGGAUUUCUAGAAGAUAAACCUGGGAAUCACUGGCGAUCCUUCAGAAAAAGGUAUAAACUACAGAACAAAUAAAAUAUCAAAGAGUAGAAGCUCAGAAGCCGACACGGAGCAGAUUUGACACAAAUCGCCCAAUGGCAAGUCCCAUUUCCCCAUCAUUUCCCGAGCAUUUCCCCAUUUCCACAUGAUUUCCACACUGAGGAAAAGAAACACUACGUCAUUUCCAUACAAGUCUAUAGUUGCCUAUUUAAUUUGUAUAUUUUAAAUAGAAAUAUUUAUUACAAUGAAUCUAAGGAGAGUGAUUUAUGUGUUUUCCGUUUUGUUUUAUUACGAAACAGAAGCACAAGCUCAAGACUAUGACAAACAUCUACAAAGGAAAAAGCAAGAGCUGAUAAGAUUGACGGAGAAGUCCCCAUACAUUGAACUCAGUCCUCGCAACUACAAGAGAUACGUUCAAGAAGAGAACAGAGACUAUUACUUUGUGAUUUUGUUGACGAUGCGGAACUGCCCAGUUUGUUGGUACAUUUACAGCGAGUUCUUGACUGUGGCGCAAUCUCACAUGUCGAACCCGCAUCGGGGAGACAAUCUGUUCUUCGGAGUUAUGCAUCUGAACGAACACCCUGCCAUUAUUGAGGAAUUUAACAUAUUUGCCGUUCCCACCGUUAAACUAUUUCCUCCGAAGAGGAAUCGAAAUAAAGGUGACGAUCUAAACUUGAACAAAGGUGUAGCGGCGACCGACAUAGCUAGAUGGAUUUCAGAUGUUACUGACAUAGAAAUAAACGUGUACAUUUCACCGUUUUCGUUGAAAUACCACGAAAACUUCGUUAUGUUUUAUUUUCUAUUGAUAUUUUGCGGUGUGUGCUACUACCGGAGUGGGCCUGGCUUCUUCACCAACGCUGACCGCUGGGCGGCGGUCGCCAUCACUUUCUGUUUCUUCACAUCCACGGGGCAGAUGUAUAAUUAUAUAGACAACGCACCCUUGUUUGCAAAAUAUGAGACUAAAAGCAUCUUCUUCGAUAAUUCAUUUCAAAGCUUCGUUGAGAGUUAUGUGGUUGCGUUUUUGUACGGAGGCUUCAUAAUAAGCAUGUUGUUAGUGACAGAGAUGUUGGGCGGAGUCGUGGCAGAUGGCCUAGGUUCCAGAACAUUCCACCUCCGGUACAAGCUGACACCUCAGGCCCGCAAACUGAGGGCUGUCUCAGGAAUUGUACUCGUCAAUGUAUUGUUCUCUCUGCUCCUGUCUGCUUUCCGUUAUAAGAACAGCGACUAUCCUUACAGGUAUCUCUUCGCCUAAAAAUCUCUCAAAAAACACAAUACAUAUUUAUAUUGUACCUUACAUUUAUUAAACAGAUUAUAAAUAAUUAAUACAUUGCAUUUCUAUCUCA